AUGCCGACCAGGAUGCUGGCGAAACGUCUGGGAAUGUACCACGUCCGCAGUCCGACUUUGGAAAUGAUCAUGCAUACAAUGGACUCCGGACAAGUAAUAGACGGUGUUAUCCGCGGCGUACUGGCUUCUGGAGCCCGGCUCAUUCAAUAUGCUGGGGCCGCUAUGGACAGUCUUCACUUCAGAGGUGAUGAUGUCGGAAGGAGGGUUGCCAGUGGUGGAAGUCAUCUGAAGCGAAGGGUCACCGGAGAAGUUCAUCGGCCUCUUCAGGUAGCCCCCGUUGACGCGGUACAGGGCGAACAAGAAGAAGGAGUCUAUGGCAUAGCAAACCGUAUUGAGGCUGAAAAACACCUACGAGAGCUGGAGUUGCUAAGCGAUUAA